GAAUGUUUCCCAUUGAUUGGUUCAACUCAGGCGCCCAUUCCUCGUCAGCUUCGAGGCUGCCCUGCGGCGAUUGGUCAAUUGGCGUCGGUGCAGUCGACGUCACUCCUUAGAAAUCGUCCCUGAAAGGACAGACGCGGAAGAACGCCCCACUUUACUCUCGCCCUAAAACCCUCACCGCCCUCGUUUCUCAUAGCCUCGCUGGCGAGUUUCGUUCCACUUUUAAUGCACAUAAAAAUUAGACCAACUUUGUAGCCCAGUUUUUUUUUUUUUUUUUCAAGUUCACCCAGUCGUGGCCGUGAGCGAGAGAAGAAAGGAGGUAAAAAAAAAGAGGAAGUAGCGAGACGAAGAGCGGCGGAUGUCGAUACUCACCGCCGUGGCCGCUGUCAUUUCCAAGUCGCGACCGCCACCGAGGAUGGCGGCGUUUACGCUGCCUCUGUUUUUGCUGGGCCUCGUAUGGCCAGCGAUUGCUGUCGACGUGAACCUAGCCAUAGUGAGCAUGCCUAAUCUCCAGCUGGUCGGCGAAGGCGUCAAGGACCGCUUCCUCGAGCUGCAGGGCAACUACAGCGAGCUGCUGGGUAAAGGCCACAGGUUCCGCGUGCUGGCCGACCAUGCCGAGGACGCCGAGCAACUGCCGGCCAUCAUGGGCAAGAGUCUCCUCGAUGCUGCGUUCACCGUGGUCGACUGCCAGAAGACACAGCACGCUUAUGAAGUGGUCAAGAGGCGCAUGCCCCAAACGUUCCUUGUGCCAAUCAUGGACCGCUAUUGCCCACGGCUCGAGGAGGCAUUCGUGCUGGGCUUUCCCGUCACUACAGGGCCUCUGGACGUCGUGCCGCUGCUGUCUGACCUGCGGAGUACCCGCGACCUGCGUUAUUGGAAGAGCAUUGUCAUGCUGCAUGACCCUGACUACAAUCCGGUGUAUGUGGAGGACAUGGUAAAAGCUGUACGAGGGCUUUCGUCGAACGUAAAGCCCGCGGCGAUUACAACAUACCGUGUCUGUCUGGGCAGCUCUUGUGAAGAAGGGACCACGUCGAUAGACAACAUCGUCGAUACGUUUAGAGAGCAAGUGCACCUCCGCCAUUACAUCAUCGUUGGAAACAUGACGCUUGUUCGAGGAACUCUCGCAAAGAUAAGAGACAGUGACAUGAUGACCUUCCACCGGGAUUUCGUCUGCGUUGUUACUGAAGGAAUCGAUGAGGAGUUUGAAGUGUUCACUAGGACAUUCCCAGACGGUGCCAACGUUGUCAUUGCGUAUGCUGAAGUCUCAGAAACGGACUGUCCUGUCGAGGAACACUGUCAGCUGCCAAUGGCAGUCGAGACUGUGGCCAAAACCAUCGGAGACAAGCUUUCAAAGGGAACGUACAGGACAUCAGAGUUUAUGCUGACGAAGUACAUUUUCUCAAACACGUCAAAGACGCUGUUGCUGAACAGCAGCCGGUGCGGACAGUGCUCGCGCUUCGCACUGAAGACGGUGGCGAAGCUGCGCGGAGAGCAGGUGCUCCUGGACGUCGGCCAGUGGACGCUGGUGGCCGGCAUCCGCAUGGAGCGCAAGGACUUCUUUCCCGGAAUCAUCGGUGACCUGGGCGGCAUCAAGCUGAUCAUCGCCGUCAUCAACGACCCUCCCAUGUCUGUGGUUCAAAUGACACCGGACAAAAAAGCUGUUGUAAAUGUCACUGGCACGAUGGCCGAAAUGGUCGAGUCACUGGCCAGAGGACUGAACUUUACGUACGAGUGGCGGGUGCCAAAUGAAGAAAUUCCCGGGUCAUUCGAGAAAGGCAAAUGGACUGGUUUGAUCGGGAUGCUUCACAGACAGGAAGCCGACCUCGCAGCUUACGGCUUUUCGAUAACAAAAGAGCGGUCCGAAGUAGUGAACUUCACGUCAGCAUACGACGAAUCACCGUACAAGAUUCUGGUACCGAAACCGAGGGCAAACUACAAGUACCUCUUUCUCGAUCCAUUCACAUGGGAUACAUGGGUGGCUGUGCUUUUUUCGCUGCUACUCAUUGGACCCGUGCUCUGGGGUAUCCACUGCGCCAGCCCAUAUUAUGACUAUUAUGGCCUCCGGAACAACAAGGGACUCUUCCUUUUACAAAACUGUGAAUGGUACUGCUUCGGGGCAAUCAUUCAACAAGGUGGCAUCCACCUGCCUGACGCUAUCUCGGGCCGCAUCCUGGUGGGCUUCUGGUGGCUGUUCGUCAUCGUCACGCUCACCACGUACAGUGGCAACCUAGUGGCAGACCUCACCUUCCCCAAGAUCCGUAACCCCGUGGACAACGUGGAGAACCUCGUGGCGCACCGAGGGUACAUGAGAUGGGGCGCCUUCAAGGGACAGGCCGUCUUUGACCUGCUCAAGACCCAAGAGCGUGGAUCACUCAAGGUUCUAUCCGACAGAAUGAUGACGUUAGACCCAAAGCAUGAAAAGUGGGUGCUGGACCAAGUGCGCAUGGGAUACAUGGCGCUCAUCGGCAGCGAGGUGACCAUGUUCCAUUACCUGGGCCGUGAGCUCAACCGCACCGCCCGUUGCGACUUCGCCGUGGCUCGCGGCGAAGUUAUACGAGACGUGAAAUCGCUGGCAGUACGCGUCGGCUUCCCGUUCCUCGACCGUCUCAACAACGAGCUUCGGCGGCUGGUCGAGUCCGGACUGGUGAUGCACUGGAAGCGCAAGCACUGGCCGCGGGACAACGAGUGCACCGUCGAGUCAAAACCUCAAGCUGGCGACAUCCGCAAGAUCACGCUGCACCACAUGACGGGCUCCUUCUGGGUGCUGUGCGUCGGCUUCGCCUCCUCCUUCACGGCGCUCUUCAUCGAGUUCGUGCGCCGCAAGCGCGAGCUGACCGCGCCGCCGGGCCACAAGCCGCCCACGGUGAUACACACCAAGAGCCCCUUCUUCACGCGCACCGAGUACACCGGAGGCAAAGACAGCCUGGGAGACCGGUUCGCCACCGACUACGGCGGUCGCGGCAUACGCGACAACGCCGGGUUCGCCUUCAGCCCACCCAACAGCCCGUUCCGAUACAACGGCUACCCCAACAACCGCAGCGACCUAAUCCCGUACAACUACCCGGCCAGGCGCUACUAACCACGAUCCGCUGUUUCCUCAUACCCCCCCCCCCCCCCCCCCCGACCAUUGGUCUCUUUCAAGCAACAACACACAGUAUAAAGGACAAAAAAAAAAGUACGCACAUCGUGCCGGCAAUGUAUAGCGGACGCAUAAAACCCGAGCAUUGAUUAAAAAAAGAACGAAAUUAGAAUUUUGAGUGACCCGAAAAAAGGAGAAAGUGGGGAGGCGCGAGACUAUAACAGUAUUGAUGUAACACUUCACCACGGUCAACGACCGUUCAGGCCUAAUGCAGACCGAGCGUAUCCAGAUGCUGCUACGGUACGGUAUACCCUGCGCGGUCUCUGCGUUACUGCGCACACUGAGAAUAACCGCCUCUGAGAACUCGUUCGGUGUAAAGUAGCGCGGUGGCUGUACCAGGCGCUGCACCGUAACACGACGUCCGGCCUGCCGGGACUGGGAAAAUACACGUUUCAGUGGCGCGCCGGCUUCCCAGAAGUAAAUAAUUUGCAUAUACCCGAAAAAACGCAACAAAAUUGCGCGAAGCUGCCAAAUUUCACCUCAACACAUUUAAGCAUAGCCUCAACCACCAAUAUCUUAUGUUGUACCGACCGCGUGCCAAUAGGAUUCACGCAAGAGUGAAGUAUUUAAUAUUUUGACCUGCGUCAGCUAUUUUAAUAAUAAAAUACUUUAUUAGUGCGAAACACUGGUCACAGUUAUGUGGAGUAAAGCGCACCAAUGCCACAUGCGAUUUAAAGCCAAACAGCCUGAAAACACGCAGGCAUAAACAAUGACCGCCAGGCCAUGCUAUUAUUUUGCUAGAUAGGCUAUUAACUCUACCACGCACUCUUUCCACGUGUUCCCUAUUGCGAUGGGAAUGUGCAUUGUGAAAGCAUCUGAUUCGGAGCUACUGAGUGUCCAUAUUUAACAUGUUCCACUCGUUCGAGUCAACACGCGGUCGCUACAUCGCGUUUUUCGCGUCUGUGCAUUCUUCACAAAUCCCAGCUAAAUCUCACUCUUUUGGCACUCGCUACUAAUUUGUAAUUGCCUAAAUAUUUGUUUUGUCGCAACAACACUAAGAAAGGAAAAAAAAGUACAGUGGGAAAGACAGACGUUCACAACGUUGGUAGUUGAAAGCUAUCGUUCAUGGCUUGACCAUCGCAGGUGGUAGCUUUAGCCACAAAGCACGACAUUUGAGAUGGUCUUUCCAAAAUUCGGCCCCUCGUUUCGCUGUAGAGAGAUACAACAAACGAUCUGACGCACGUAAAGAGAUAAGCUCGCUGCUGUUGAAGCAGUGAGCUUUUAUUUUGACGACAAAUCACCCAACGAAGAAAACGGUGGGCGCCGGCUGUUUGAACUUCCUUUCUGCGGUGUUGGCUCUGUCCGAAAAAUCUCUCUCUCUCUCUCUCUCUCUCUCGAUAUAUA